GUGAAAUUGCUCAAUACAAUAAGCAAGUCAUAAAUAAGUGUAACAUGUCAUUGUGAUAUUAAAAAGUAAUCCAAUAGUAUACUAGCUAAAUUAUAUCCUUAAUUUCACUCAUCACCAUUUGAUUACCCAUGUUAAUUAAUCUAUUAGUCUGACUGCAAAAUCCAGUAACCCAAGACUUUCAGACACAGCGUUCUUUGUAUGUUGUUUCUUCAUGUGUCAUUUGGUAAGGUAUGGCUCUUAUAAGGAACCAAUUGAAAAUACAUUUAACAACUGCCUUGCAAAGUGGAGGUUGGGUGCCCAAGGCAUCCAGGAGCUUCCGCUAUUGGUAGCCAGCUCCUAGAUGGAGACUGCUCCCAUGGCUAGCAAAUCCUGGACACCCAGCCAUGGAGGGGAGAAAGCAGGCACCCAUCACACUGAUAAAACUGUGGAAAGAGAAGGGAGGGACAAGGGAGGGGAAACAACCUCUGGGCAGAGUCCCUGUGCUUGAGAUUUAGACACUCAAGGAAAACGCUGACCAUGUUAAACUACUUGAACACCUUGUGGCCCAAGAACACAUGGAAUCCUGGCACAUGCGCAGAUCUAAACACCACUGACUGCAAAGGCAAGACCUGCGCUCCUUGUUGUUAACUCUGUUAAAUUGUAUUUAAUUUGUAUUUAACUGCAUUUAUUGUAAUUAUUUUCAAUUGGUAACUUACAUGUAUAUAAAAUAAAACAAGCUGUUCUAUUUACUUUGUUUCAGUGCAAGGCUAUUUUCUUCAGUGAACAGGAGAGACAACAGCAUUCUUGUCUAAACGCUGCAAAGGGAUCUUUAUCUAGUUUACAUGGUGUAGCUUCCUCUGCCUUUAAUUUUCUUCAGUCAUCAAGUUUGCUAGCAAAAGAGAACAGUCCUGUUAUGUUUACAAGCAGCUCUCCUCAGAAUCUUAUUAAACCCCAUCGUCUAUACAAAGCACCCAACAGUUCCCUGAUGAAUCAUCACAACCACUGUGCCAAUAGAUUCUGUGAUUGUUCUAGAAAUCACACAGAUUGUACUGGUAAAGCUAAAGGAUCAUUUUGUGUUUGCUCUUCUUGUGGAAAAACGUAUGAAAACUCUGGGGAUUCUUUAAGUGAUUUUGAUUUAUCUGUUGAUUCUGCGGGUACUGGAGGCCAUAAAUGUCCAAAUUCACCUUCUGUAAGAGGAAUCAUCAGUGAUGCAGACGCCUUGGCAUUCAAGAGUUCUUUGACUGGAUCUCCGAGCCAAGGGUCCACAGCUCCUGAACCAGAACCGAUAGGUGUGUUCUGGGAUAUUGAAAACUGCCCUGUACCACGUGGCAAGUCUGCGUCAGCUGUCGUUCAGAAGAUAAGAAAGGAAUUUUUCAGUGGAAAGAGGGAGGUUGAGUUCAUGUGUGUUUGUGAUAUCAACAAAGAAAAGAAAGAAGUCAUUGAAGAACUUAACAAAGCUCAGGUAACUGUAGUUCACAUCAAUGCCACUUCAAAGAAUGCAGCAGAUGACAAGUUGCGUCAAAGUUUACGACGAUUUCCACAGUCCUAUCCUCCUCCAGCUACAGUCAUCUUGGUAUCUGGGGACAUCAACUUUGCAGCUGAACUGUCUGAUUUACGUCAUCGGCACAACCUAGAAGUGAUCUGUCUUCAUAACGCCCAGGCUCAGGCUGCGUUACUGGCUUGUGCUCACAAGGCGAGACGAUUUGAUCAUUUUACUGCUGAUCUCCCUGUGGUCUUCCUUCCAAAGGUUCCUGAUGAGACUGAAUUAUCGUCAGAGCUUCUUGUACUAAAUCUUCCAAUGGGAAAGGAUGUUACUCAAGUCAGGAACAGACUGAAGAAACUUUCUGACAAUUGUGGAGGAAAGGUUGUAAGCAUCUCUGGACGCACUUCUGUUCUAAGAUUUCCAAAUCCUGCUAGUGCUGCAAGGGCAAGGAGAAGAAUGGACAAAGAGGAUGUCUUUGGAUCCACAAUCCAAGUUGUGUAUUCAACAACCAGUCAAGGAAAUGCUUGUAGUCCCCAAAAGAACAAGAAAACACAGCCAUUGGAAACCACUGGUAAUCUAACAAAUAAAGGCAGAGAUGCCUCAGCACAACCCCCAUACAACCCAUUACAAAAGGAAAAGACAGGCUCUAACUGUGCAAUGCUGGAUGAUUUCGUCAUUGGGAAUGGCUCGUCAUCUAGGAAAGGUGCGAAACAGGAGACCACGCUCAGUACCACACCUGUAGAUGAUAGCCCAGAUUCAGGCGACAGUACUGAGGAAAAUGAAGGCAAGCAAGGAACCUCCCUUGCAAGUUCCACUGGCCCCCAGUUCAUCAGUCAUCAAACCAUGUUUAGCAAUGGAUCUUAUGCCGGCAUUUGGCCACACCCUAUCUACCAGAACUUUAUGAAUUUACCAACACAGAGCACAAGUUUUCCAGGCAUCACUCCCCUUGCCCCUCCACUGAUGGGAGGACCACACCUUGCAGCCUCUUGGUUAGCUAGCCUGCAUAACUUUACAGUUUUGGACCAGCAACGAGGAGGAAUAGAUUUGCUUGUCACAAAUUUAGAUGAGAGUGUGAGCAAGAAAGAGCUAAAGAAGAAACUGGCAUCUGUGUUUCGAGAGCAUUGUAAGGUUCUUUCAGUCAUUCUUCACAGUGGGGAAGGCAUUCCUUUGAGAGCUUUUGUCAAAGUGCCAAAACCAUCUGACGCACAACUGGCCAUCUGCAAAGUUCACCAGAAGAAAAUUUUCAACACUCACGUCACUGUUAACAUAGCAACAGACAAAGAGAAAGCUCUCUGCUUUCUGCGUUGUGAAGUCACCUCCAUUCUCAAAGAGGCUCCAUUGCAUUUCUUGCCAUUGAACAAAUUCCUCAGUGAUUACUACGAGAAAUGUUCUCGUGCAUUUGAUAUGAGCUCCAUUGGACUUAUUCACGAUCUAGUUGUGAUCACUGGAAAGCCAGGUAAUCAGGCUAUAAGCCUUGUGACACGAGCCAUUGGCAGUGUAAAGGUGUCUGUAGAACCUGAAGAGUUUGCCAGAGAUGUUCAUGGGCUUCUCAAAUCCUGUGAGGGUUCGCUGCCAUUGGUUAGUUUUGCUGCUUCAUAUUGGCUGUACUUGGACAAGAAGAUAGAGUCAAAUGAACAUGGAACUGCCCUUGCUGAUGUCCUCAGCUCCAUUCCAAAUGUCAAAAUAUCAGACUCUUUGAUGGUGUCUUGGGCUAAACAAGCUAUCAAAAAUGGAGGGAAUGUGGGGAAGCUUCUUGAACUAAGUAAAGACCUACAUGAGUUGUUACUGACGCAGGAGGAAUUUAAACUUCCCCUUAGUGCGGUUAUCUCUGAGUACCAGUUGUGGUUUGGGAAGAAGACUCCAUUUGAUCCUGUUGUAUAUGGAUUCACCUCUAUUGUGACUUUACUGGAAGCUUUGCCAGCUGUAGCACAGGUAGCAGUACAAGGCUCCGAGAGAUGGCUUAUUCUUUCACAGCCCUUAAAACUCAAAGCCUUCGAGAGAAACCUUCAGAUGUUACUCGAUAGCCAACCUGAUGGAAUGAUUGCAUUGGGAAACUUUGUGUCAACUUACGUGAAGUGCUUUGGUCAGAAGUGCAAGAUUGCAACGUUUGGAUUUUCAAAGCUGACAGACCUGAUUGAAGCUGUACCCAAAGUUGCCAAGAUCCAAGGGACUGGGGAUCAACGACUGAUCUGUUUAGUAGGAAAAGACAAGAGCUCCAAGCCAGAGAAACGUAGCGAAAAGCAGACCCUUGUUAAAGAACUGAAAGAGCUGCUGUCCAGUUGCGAAGGUCAGAGAGUUCCUGUUGCGACAGUACUAGCUAGGUACUAUCAGCAUUUUGGCCGACUUCUCAAGAUCGGAGAUUAUGGCGCCCGACGCCUUGAGGACCUUAUAGAUGGUUUACCUUCAGGUUCAUUACAGAUUACGGAGAUCUGCAGCGAAAGGUACCUGACCCUCGCACCCAGGCUCACUCUGCAGUCUUUACAGAAAGACGUGGUGGAGCUUUUGGAACUUCAGGAAGGCAAAUUUCUUCUGAUUUCUCGCCUCGCUGCCACUUUUCGUAAACAUCAUGGCCGAAAGUUUCCGCUGGGCCAGGCUAAGUUGGAGGAGUUUCUUCGGAGUCUGGAGGGAAUAGCAAAGGUGAAAGGAUCUGGUAGUGAUCGAAUUCUUCUUCUUCCUGUUUUGCCAGCGAAAGAUAAAAUGUCACCCACAUUACGACCCCUUGCUGAUAAGAUCACGGCAUUGUUACUUAAGUAUCCCGGAUGCCGAGUCGCACAGUUCGCUUUCUCUGAUAUUUUCCUGCGGGAGUAUGGACGCGUGUUGAAGCCGAAGGACUGGGGCUGUACAGGCAUGAACGCCUUAAUCCGUGCCCUUGGGGAUGUUGUUGAGGUCCAGGGUAGCGGCAACACAGCGGCGAUUUGCUUAAAACAUGAACAUCUUGUUAAGGUGUUUUCACUUCACGUGAUUCAUGUAUUAACUGAGCAGCCCGACAAGACUAUUCCUGUGUCCAAGUUUGUGGCUGCGUAUGAGAAGCUCUACAACCACAAGCUUCGUGCACAGAACUUCGGCUUUGCUACACUCGAAGAGCUGCUUUCUGUGAUAUCAUCUGUUGUCAAAGUGGACAGGAAAGAAGGCACAGUAUUCUUAACACCACUGCAGUGUUUUGCGAUUGAGACGAGGGACCUCCUGAAACACCUUGACGGUUGUGUGUCGCUGAACCGCUUUGCACCCAACUUCCAACAGAUGUACGGUCGACCCUGCAAGGCUUCAGACUACGGCUUCAGUCGCAUAUCAGAGGUGAUUGAUGCUGUUUUUAAUGUGGCUGAGGUGCGUGGCAAGGGUGCUGAGAAGAUUGUUGUGUUGGUGGAUGGAGAUGAUGUAACACUUCAUGGACGAGAGGAUACAAAUCCCAAGCAGAGCAAGGAACUGUUAGAGGGCUGUAAGUUAACUGACUUUUCGGCUUCUGUCAACGUGGAAGAAGAUGAUGAAGUUGUAGUUACCAUUGACGACAAAGAAGAAGAAGACUUGAUAGUUCUUGAUGGUGAAGCAUCCGGGACGUUUCCAGACGUGGCAGUCACUGAUGAUUGGUUGAUGGCACCCGUGCCUGAAUCCCUUCCAGAGCCAGAACUGCAACCUGCAAUUCCCGAGCCACCCUCUGUAGGGGAUCUGAUCUCUUUUACAGAGUUUGACAUGGACGUGUUGUUUGCAGCUUUUGACAACAUGGGACUUCCUAACCCACUAAGUGCUGUUAUUAACCUUCCCACUGUAAGGGUGCCGAAUUUCCAAAUUCUCUCAAAAUUCACGUUAGAAGUCACGAAAAAACAAGCAGUGCCACAUGAAAGAACUGCUCAAGAGGUCACACGUAAUACUCCCAAAUCUCCACAUAGUUGA